AUGGGGUUCAAAGCUCUGUGUUUGGGGCUUUUUUGUGCUUUCUUUGCCUCUCGUAUGUAUGUCCCUAUACCGGGUGACAUUGAAGAAUACUGGAAAGUAGCAGCCUUAGAUAUAUUUGCUAAAAUUUGCACAUUUAUGGCUAUGUGUUUUGAGAGUAUAGGUAUUAUAAAAUAUGAAGAGGUAAUUUCCAUGCUAUUGAGGCUGGUAACCCAACCAGUUUCUGAUGAGUAUGUCACAGUGAUGGAUACAACAUUUGUUCACGUUCCAGUUCGUUUGUACUUGCCAAAGAGAAAGUCAGAAACCCCAAGACAAGCUGUAAUCUAUCUUCACGGUGGUGCUUUUUGUUUCGGAAGUUUCAAGAAUACAGCUUUUGACUCCCUGAAUAGAUGGACUGCAAAGAAACUCGAUGCUGUUGUUGUAGGAGUGGAUUAUAGACUAGCUCCUCAACACUGUUUUCCAGUUGCACAUGAAGAUUCCUUCACUGCAAUCAAGUUUUUUCUUCAAGAUGAAAUUCUGGCAAAAUAUGGAUUAGAUCCCACCCGAAUCUAUUCUGGGGGUAAUUUGGCAGCAGCAAUGACUCAACGGGUGCAGAAUGAUCCUGAAUUUAAACAUAAAAUCAAGACACAGGCUUUACUUUACCCUUCCUUACAGAUGAUUGAUUGUCAUUUGCCAUCUCACCAAGAAAACGAGCAUGGUAUAGUUCUAACAAAAGACUUAGCCAUAAAAUUCGUGAGUUUAUAUUUCACCAACGAUGAAAUACUUUACCAGGCAAUGAGAAGAAAUGAACAUAUGCCUCUAGAAUCGAGGCAUUUGUUUAAGUUGGUUAACUGGAGUACUCUCUAAUCUGAGAAGUUUAGGAAGGAUUAUGUUUAUACUGAACCAAUUCUUGGAAGAUACAAUUAUUCGUGGCCAGUACUUACGGAUAUCAGAGCUUUACCCUUAUUAGCCAAUGAUUCCUGGUUACAGAAUUUCCCACCAACGUAUGUGCUUACCUGUCAAUAUGACCUUGUGAGGGAUGAUGGAGUUAUGUAUGUUUCAAGACUUCAAAAUGUUGGAGUUCAAGGUACUCAUGACCACAUUGAGAAUGGAAUCCAUGGAGCUUUAUCAUACACUGAAUUCCCACUGUAUUUACGUCUAGGUUUCAGGAUAAGAGAUAUGUAUAUUAGUUGGCUGGAUAAGAAUUUAUAA